AUGGCUGAGAAAUUGUUCCGUCCUUGGGUGAACAUGACUAAGGAGAAAAAAAAGUGUAAACGUAAUUUACGAGAAGAUGAUGGUAAACGUACAACGUUGGUAGUAGCCGCGAAUGAGAAUAAUAUACAAUUAAAUUCGUGCGAGAAAAAUGGCGAAGGGAUUGUGGGUAAAAAAUGCAGAAUGGAAAAAAAUGUCACGGAAGAAAUAAAUUCGAAUGGACAGAAAAGAAACUUCGUUUACAAUUCCAAUGGAUCGUUAUCCGAAGACAGUGAUCAACGUUUUUCUACGAAUCAAUUUCCAACUUCCUCCAGCACGGUGAAUUUACCUGCAAAUUACAAUCCUGCAAGUUUCAUAUCUUACUUGCAUUAUCUUACGACAGGGUUGUAUCAUCCAUCGGAAAUGUUUCCUCUGUUAGACGGGAAGGAUGAUCCAUAUCGUUCAUCAAACUUUUUAAAUACAUUUCCCAAUACUUGUCGUAUGCAGGACGUACCACCAUUCCCUCAAUUAUCUUCGAUUAAUCAUUACGACACUCUACCAACGUAUACCGCGUCCGUUGAAAAGGCUGCUGAAUUGGUUAACUUGCAAGAUGUUGCAGCUAAGCAAAUCAAAAAAUUACGACCGAAAAAAUUUCGCUGCGAAUAUUGCGACGUGGCUUUCAGUAAUAACGGACAAUUGAAAGGACACGUUAGAAUACAUACAGGUGAAAGACCGUAUAAAUGUGACUCGGAUGGAUGCGGCAAAAGUUUUACGAGGAAUGAGGAAUUAACGCGACACAAACGGAUUCAUACAGGAUUGAGGCCACAUUCAUGUUCAGCAUGUGGGAAAAAAUUUGGAAGGAAAGAUCAUUUGAAGAAACACACGAGGACACACGAAAAUCGUGAUUUAUUGUAUCACGUUUCUACUCCUUUGAGUGUUUUUUCGUUAGGAAUGUUUCCGUCACUUGCAUAA